AUGGCUCCGAAAGCCGUAUCCGGCAAAGCUGCGAAGAAGGCUUUUAAAGUGAGGACCACUGAGGUGAACAAGACCAAGAGGAGGAAGGAGAGUUACGCGAUCUAUAUCUACAAGGUGUUGCACCAAGUGCAUCCUGACACUGGUCUCUCCUCGAAAGCAAUGUCAAUCAUGAAGUUGUUUGUGAACGAUUUUUUCGAGCAAACUGUCGCAGAGUCCAUUCGUCUUGCCCACUACAACAAGCAGAGAAAUUUUGAAAUUUCCUGUUCUCAUGAUUCUGAACUCCUAAGCUUCUUCAUCCAUUCUACAUCGCACAAACCCUCGUUUCCCCAGGCUCCCCAAUUUCACCUUCCCCGCCACAUACAUACAUCACUCUCGGGUUCUUCAGACGAUCGUACUAACAGUAGUGCCUCGAAUGGAAAUUCUGCCGUUUUCUCGUGUGUACCUCGUACGCACGAGAACCUAAUCAUCAACACGUGUUGUGUCCAAGGAACUCCCAUUCAAAACUCCAUCUCCGUUAUCCGAUUGGUGUUACCAACAAACCAAUCUGCAAAGCUUCAUCUACGCCUCUCUGGCGACCCUGAGGCUGCGGCUUGCGGUCUUGCUGGCAUUCGUGUGGCUCUCAGAGGCAGAGCUAAAGCCGCGCUCCUGGGUUGGAUCCCAGUCGACAGAUUAUACGCAGUGAGAUUCAGAUGUUCGUGCAAAGUAGGCAGCCGUCGCUACGAUUGUUUGUCGUGUGGGCGUACAUCCCAGCGAACAGCGGCCCAGAUGCAAUCCGAAAUGAAUUCUACUUAA